AUGCAGCGCAGUAGGAGUAAGAGUAUUUCUGGAAGAUCAGAAGCAAACGAGCUCAUCGAGCCUCCCUCCACCACCAUGUCCAACAAUCCAUGGGCUAGUGCCUUGGAACAAGCGCGUUCGCCACAGGCCGAGACCUUGCCAGAAUCAGCAGUGCUGCCGAAUCUAGCCACUACUGCAAUGAGGAACAAUGACGGUACGAGGCAGUCUCAUACACCACCAGCAACACCGAGCUCGCAUCCUUUGAGGGUAAUAGGUGGAAUCUAUAAUGUUGGCCAACAAGCAAAAGUCCUCCCUACACCUCCGCUCAGUCAGAAGCCUUUACUUUCCGCCAACAGUGUCAACAAUUCACAACUGCUUAAUUGCGCCUUCGAACAAGUGGAUGAUUUUGUAGCUCAAGCUAUGCAGCGUCAUGCAGACUUCUUACAACAAGAACAAGAAGCAAAUACUGACCUUGACCGUCUAUUACUUUUCACGCGCUUCAUGCAGCAAGAAUCUCUGAUUCGUAAAGAGCGAUACACCACAGCACUCACAUCGCCAAGUUUUGAUAUAGCAGCUGCGAGGGACAUGCUCUUCGACGGAAGCAUAGUUCGACGUGCAUCUGCUCAGGAUGAAAGCGGGUCACAUGGUCAGUCACCGUUGAACAAGCCGGAAGGCGGUUGGUGGAAGGACGAUUACAGGCCGAAUCUGUCACCCAUUGCCAGCAUGGACUAUGACGAGAUGAGCUCUCGCGGGCGAGCUGCUAGUCGAUGGUGGGAGUCAGCGACUGGCUCACAUAGUGACGGACCUGGACAUGGUGUUCAUCGCAGUAAAAGAGAGUCAAAAUACAUGAGCUUGUCGAAGAAGCUUCUGCAAGAUAUGGAAACUGCUGAAAUGGAACCAUUGUACGAAGAGACCCCUUGGCUACACGGUGAACAAUACGCGAAUGAGAAGGCACAGCCUGACAAUUUCGGGUAUUAUGACGAUGGCGUAAUCCAUCCCGAUCUUGCAGAGUAUAGAACCACAGUCCGUAUGCUCAGUGAUCUUACUGAUGCUAGAAGUCGACAAUCUCGACACCAGAAAAACGUCGAAGCAAUGCGGCAAGAAAGACGAAACAGAGUGCUGGAGAUGAAGAGGACCUUUCGAGCCAAUAUUCAAGCCCAAAUUGAGGACGGCACUCUGUCAUACGCAGAGGCUGCCGAAGCAGAAAAAGCAGUCAAGGCCGAUGAACACAACCUUCAACGAGAAGGUCUCCAGUCAGAAUUUGAUACCUUGCAAGACGUGAUGAUUAAUCCCUUACACGAUCAAUUCAACGAACGAAUCGAACACCUCAGCAGCAGUCUACACUCUCUACAGAAAGAACUCGUCGCAAACGCAGCACACCAACAUCCAGACCAACCAGUCCAAGAAGGCGACGACGUCCCUGAACUUCACGAACAACUAACACAACUCAAAUGGCUCUUCGAAGCCCGUGAAAUCCUACACCAAGAACUCUUCGACCUCCUCUCCCAACGCAACGACGCCUACAAGGCCAUCGUCGCCCUACCCUACCACCAAACCAACAACAUCGACAAGAUCCGCGACACAGAAGCCUUCUUCGAAAAAGACGCCGCAACUCGCCACGCCACCUUCUGCGCCGAAGCACUCAAACGCCACGAAUCCUUCCUCUCCUUCGUCGAAGACAAUGCCCAAAGAGGAAUCGCCCUGCAAUCCUCCGCCUUCUGGGACAUUCACCCCGGCCUCGUCGAUCUCCUCCAAAAGAUCCCAAUAGACAUCUCCCAACUCGACAUCCACAUCCCCGACCAAGAACUCCACGAAAACCCAACAUACCAAGACCACCCGCAGCAAUACCUCUACACCCUCCUCCGCCACGCGGAAAAAUCCAGCUACCAAUUCAUCGAAGGCCAAAUCAACCUAUACUGUCUCGUCCACGAAGUCAAAACAAGUUCUCUGGCCGCACACUACAAGGCCUCGAAAGCUCAGCAGAAAAUGGCUGGAGAUCAGAGCAUCGACCUUGCGGACACGAGGUUAGAGGAUGAAGGGGAACUGACGGAUGAACUGAAGAAUCAUGCGGCGAUGGUUGAGGAGCAGUGGCAGGAUGCGCUGGGGAAGUAUUUUGGGGCUGUGCAGGCGAGGGUUAAGCAGCAGUUGCAGGAUCGGGGGGUUUGGGAGGAAUUUCAGAGUGAGGAUUCUUGA